CACUUUCCUUUCCAGCCGCCUUGAGAUGUUCGCCCUCUUCCUGCUCCCUCUCCUUUGCCCGGCUUUGGCAUCAUCAUCAUCAUCCUCUGCCAAAUUGAUCAAGACCUCCAUCCAUCGCUGCUUUAUUGCCUACUGAAGCUCUUGCAGAAAAGACGAAUCGGGGACCAUUUAAGAGUAGAGAUGAUCUUCAAGAAAUUACCGCUCGAGGCAAAGGUUGCUGGAGUUGCUGGAAUUGCCUUCUUCUCCAUGGUCAUUUCACGGACAUGCCUGACUGAAAUAAUAGAGGCAAAGAGACUGAAGUGGCUGCUCCAACUCCAGAUGGUAUUAUUUAUUAAUUCCCUGAUGUUCAUAGGAUCCCUUCACAUAUGGAGAAGCUUGGUGACCGUGUUCCAGAGAUCGUCAGCCACCAACACAUUCUGUUUCGUUUUGUGGAAGAUAGUUGUGCUGAUCUUCCUGAUUUUGUCACACUCAAGUUCUUUUGCAUCGCUCUUUCUUGUUGCAGAGGAGCCUUAUUUAUUUUCCUUAGUUGCUUUCACCUGCAUUGGGAGCUACUUCAUCCUUAUUUUCUUCCUGUUCAGCCUAGGGUCCCUUGAACAGGUUUAUAAAAUCAUGGCCCAAAGAGAUGCAAGGAUGGCUAUUAAAAAUGGCAAAUGGGCCAUUAAGCCAGCUCUAGCAGUGAUGAUAACAGUUGCAUUGACUUUCCUUGGGCUUCUCAAUGCUUCACAACCUCCUGCAGUGAAGUCAGUAGCUAUUCCUGUUGACAAAUUGCCAUUGUCUAUGGACAACCUGAAGAUAGUGCUACUUUCUGACAUCCAUCUAGGUCCCACUGUUGGGAAGACCAAACUUGAAAUGAUAGUAACAAUGGUUAGAGCUUUAAAACCAGAUAUCACUGUCAUUAUUGGUGACCUAACUGAUGCUGAGGUGAAACGCCUUGGAGCUGCUGUGGAACCUCUUGGCAAGCUUGAGUCCCCACUGGGGACUUACUUUGUCACUGGGAACCAUGAAUACUACACCUCUGAUGUCAACAGUUGGUUUGAAUUGCUGAAGUCACUCCAGAUUCAUCCCCUCCACAAUGAAAACAUCAAAAUAAAGUCCCCAAAAGGUAGAGAAACUGACUGGUUUUGUAUAGCAGGGGUCGAUGACAUAGAGGCUAAUGCAUUGCGUUAUUCUGGACAUGGGAUGAACUUACAAAAGGCUUUAGGAGGCUGUGACACUGAUCAUGCAAUUGUUCUUUUGGCCCACCAGCCGCGUGCUGCCAAACGGGCUCUCCAAGCUCAUCCAGAGAUAAAUGUGAUCUUAUCUGGGCACACUCAUGGAGGGCAGAUAUUUCCUCUGAACAUUGUUGUCUAUUUCAUGAAUCCCUUCUUUGUUGGUUUGUAUAAAGUUGGGCAGAGCUCUUUCGUAUAUGUCAGCGCGGGGACCAUGUACUAUGGAGUCCCAAUGAGAUUGGGAAGUAGAGCAGAAAUAACAGAGGUAAUUCUGCAUUCUCCCUCAUCAGUGUAACAGCGUUGGGAUAUGUGCCUCUCCUUGGGCUGAAAGUCAGAUCCCAAAGAUUUAUCAUGAAGGUUCCUGAACAAGUAUUUAGAUCUACAAAUCAUUGUGCUUUCUCUUAUUUAACAGCAAAACCACAAUUCCUACUCUUGUCAAAUUCUUAUCUAUGAGAUGUACAGAAUUACUGUGAUAAUUGGUUUAAUUUAUUUGGGCUAUGCCACUUCUGAAUCACCAAAGCAAAACAUUGAUGUACUGCAGCGUGUAAAUAGCUGUUUUUCCAUCCUCUAAAAAUAAUGAUACAGUACAUACAUUCUCUGUAGGUAUGUCAUUUCCCCCCAGCUUCAGGUAAACUAUCCAUCUUUUCGCCUAAUACUGGAAGCG